AUGGCAAACUCGCCUUCCAAGACCCCCAUGAGCAAUCGUCUGCACAUCUCCUCGUUGCUCUCGCCCCCCGAGAUGAAGCGCACAGAAUCCUUCGACCCUGCCAUGGCUCCUGCCCGCUGGUCAGACUCCUUUGGCCGCCUGAGCUUUGACGAGGCCCCCAAGUCCACAGGCACACCCCCCUCCAAACGCGACGAUGCCUAUGCAUCCCCGCCCAUCUCUCCCGAACAUCUCUUGCUAUCCAAGAAGAACAUGGCGCACCCAGAAGACGACCAAGGCAGCCUGGACCCGCCCCUCUUCGCCUCUGCCGAUGCCCCUGUUGCCGAAAUGCCGCUCUUUCCCCGCGACUCCGUCGAGCCGGCUGCUCGCGACACAAUCACCGCCCACAUGACAUCGCACGAGUAUGCCAAGCUACAAGAAAAGCCCUCUCGCGCCGACUACGAAUUGGCCAUCUCCUUCCAGUCCAACGUGUUCAAGACGGCAGCCAAAGACCCCGCCCGCUGGUGGAAGCAGGAGCGUGCAUUCGACCAGUACUAUGGUCGCCCGACCGGUGUGCAGAAGAAGAAGCAGCAGCAGCAGCAGCAGCAGUCGGCGUUGAAGAAGCUUGCGCCUGCGCCAUCGAUGCCUGUCCGUAAGAACAAGGUCGCCAUUCCACGGACCCCCCAGAGCGCACCAGCCCAGCGCACCCCCCGCGCGGCCACAAAGGCCAAGCGCAGCCCGCUGAGUCAGACUCGAGACUCGUUCGACUCAUCACCCAUGUCGGAAUCAUCCUCCAAACCUGCUAGACAGGCGACUACGCGCGAUGAUACCGACUAUGCUAGCCUCUGUGACUACGCACCGCCCCUCUCCACGCUUCCCAACAACAACAAGUGCCUCAAGGCGGAGUGGAAGGGCUCAGUGCUCGAUCUGUCCAAUGACCCUGACCGCCACAGGCUCCACGAGGCUGAGCUCGUCCUCGCCUCCACUCUGCGCCUCACUUGCGCAACCUACCUCUGCAGCAAGCGCCGGCUCUUCAUUGGUCGCGUAGAGGCGUUGAGAAAGGGCAAGGAGUUUCGCAAGACGGAUGCGCAGCAGGCUUGCAAGAUUGACGUCAACAAGGCCAGCAAGCUGUGGUCGUCUUACGAAAAGGUUGGCUGGUUCAACCCAGACUACUUUCGCCAAUACCUUUGA